AGGCGCUUCUAGCGCCCUUCUAUGCAGACAACCGCGCCGUCGGGGCUGCAAGCUGCGAUACCGGGGUUCUGCUUGCCUGGGAUGCGUGCCGCGCUGCAGGUGUGCUUGCCCGCCUUUGUGUGUGGGCGGUUGUGCUAUUUAUCUAGUCCCUGGGCCCUCGACCCUGACGGUUCUUUGUCUCCCCUUCCCUCUCGUGUUUCGAGGCUCUUGUGCUUGUGUAAGAAACACAAAGUUUCCUGUUCAGCCCAAUUCUUAGGGCUUGUUCGUCCUUUUUUGCGCUUUGAAGCGUCACUGUCACUGCCACUGUCUGGCCGCGGCUCUUCAAGAUGAACGCCAACGAGACCAUCGACCACACCGUCGAAGUCGGCGACGGUGUGCCAGAGCAAGAAAAGACCAUCUACCCGCACGAUGACUCAAUGACCAAAGACGCGGCUAUCGGCGAGACGAAAUCCGUCCAGGUGUCGGAAGAGGAAGUGCCAAUCCCGGAGCCAGACCCCUUCGUCCCCUUCGACGAUCUCCCUGAGGAACGGGACCGCGUCCUCACCAUCCGCGCCGUCGUCAUGGGCUGCAUCUGCGGCGCCCUCGUCAACGCCUCAAACGUCUAUCUCGGUUUGAAGACCGGCUGGACCUUCACUGCCAACUUGUUCGGCGCUAUUCUCGGUUUCGCUGUCAUCAAGUUCUUCUCCACCGCCUUUGCUGAGAACUUUCCUAUCCUGGGCGGCGGCUUCGGCCCCAAGGAAAACAACAUCAUCCAGACCGCGGCCACGGCCUCGGGCGGUCUCUCCAACGUCUUCGUCUCCGCGUACCCCGCGCUGUACCAGCUGAAUCUGGUGUCCACGCCCUCCAAGGACUUCUGGCGCAUCGUUUCCCUCACCGCCGUCGGUGGCUACUUUGGGUUCUUCUUCGCCACACCGCUGCGCAAGUUCUUCGUUAUCCAUGUCGCGCGCGAGCUGAACCUCAUCUUCCCCACGGCCUCGGCCACGGCCAUGACCAUCCGCUCCAUGCACGAGGCCGUCUCGGGAGCGGCCAUUGCCAAGCUCAAGACAAAGGCCCUGGGCUACUCGUUUGCUGCUGCCAUCAUCUUGCGCGUCGUCUCCCAGUAUGCCACCGGCAUCCUCUGGGACUGGCAUAUCUUCACUUGGUUCUUCAUCUGGGGCGACUACAAGAACCUCGCCAUCCACGUGGAGAAUUGGGGCUGGCUGAUCGAGUUUACCCCUGCUUUCAUCGGCUCCGGCAUGCUCGUCGGUCUCAACGUUGCCUUCUCCUUCUACGGCGGAAGUAUCCUUGCCUGGGCGAUUAUCGGCCCCGCGCUUGUUCAUAACGGCGCCGCUUUCGGUGUGCAAGCAUCCGAAGACCCCAAGUGGAAGGACUACAUGAGCUUCGCGUCCCUCGGCGCCAGUGCUUCCAACAAGUACACGCCCAGCCCCCGGUACUGGCUCCUUUGGCCCGGCGUCCUGUGCAUGAUUGCGGUCUCCUUCACCGAGCUCGCCAUGCAGUGGCGCAUCUUCGCCAUCGGUUUCCGAGCCCUUUGGCGCGCCUGCUAUGGCGUCGGCGCAGCCAUCUCCCGCGCCGCCGGCAAGCAGACCAGCGGACCCAAGGAAACCGCGUCGGAGGCAGAUCAGGACAUGGCCAAGGACCCGGCCGACCCGAAGGACCUGGUCAAGAUGUGGAUGUGGCUGCCCGGCCUCGUCCUCAGCAUCAUCUGCACCUGCGUCGUCAUGGGCGUCGAGUUCGACAUGCCAGUUGGCAUGUCCAUCCUCUCCGUCUUCCUCGCCUUCUUCUUCUCUCUCCUCGCCAUCCAGUGCACCGGUGUCACAGAUACCACUCCCUUGACCGCGGCCUCCAAGGCCUCCCAGAUCGUCCUCGGUGGCGCAACCAAGGGCGAGCAUUGGGCCGUUGCCCACGCCCAGAAGCUCAACCUGCUCGGCGGUGCUAUCGCAAACAUGGGCGCCAACCAGUCCACGGACCUGGUCGCCGAUUUCCGCGUCGGCUUCCUGCUGCGCACCCCGCCGAUCCAGCAGUGGAUCGCGCAGGGCGUCGGCACCAUCGUCGCCAUAUUUCUCGCCCCCGGCAUGUUCGUCCUCUUCGCCACCGCGUACCCGUGUAUUCUGGACGCCGAGGCCGCGUCUUGCACGUUCUCUGCGCCCUCGGUCUCCGCGUGGCGCGCCGUCGCCGUCGCCGUCACGGAUCCAGAGUUCCCGAUCCCGACCUCGUCCGGCAUCUUCGCUAUCGUAUUUGCCGUUUUCGGCUCCGCGAUGGUGCUUGUCCGCCACUUUGUCUGGACCGGCAAGUGGGAAUGGAUGCGCGCGUACCACCCCAACAUGAUGUGCAUAGCGCUGGCGUUCGUCCUGCCACAGACCUACUACGGCCUAGCCAUGAUCAUGGGCGCAGUCCCAGCCUGGUACUGGGCCAAGAAACAUCCCGAGUCGUUCGCCAUCUACGGGUACGCCAUCGCGGCGGGCCUGAUUUCGGGCGAGGGCAUCGGCGGCGUCGUCAAUGCUAUUUUUCAGAUUGCCGGCAUCUCGGGCGAUAAGUAUGGCUCCAAUGUUGCGUGUCCGGGGGAUGCGUGCUAGGCGUGCGGGGGGGUGGUGGAGGGGUUAAUGUCUGUUUGUUUGUUCUGAGAUGUUGGAUGUUGACUGGGUGGGCUUUCUUUCCUUUGAUAUCCCCUGUACGAGUUAGUAGAUUACGAUUGAUGCCUGUUUCUUUGGUUUUAAUGCUUGACGGCGAGGGUUUUGGUUCUUGUUGCGUUCUAUCGGUGUGUCUAUGUCUAUUUCUAUGUGACGGUGCUUGUCGGAUGUGUCUAGUUAGGUAUGAAUGGUUGCAGUAGGUGCUGCUAUUGCGAGAGCGAGAGCGAGAGUUAGGUAGUUUAAGUCAGUGCCCCAGUCGCAGCAAACGUCAUG